AUGGGGCUGCUCAAGAGCCACGCGGCCGACGGCCUGGGCCUCGGACUCGGCAACGGCCGCUCCGGCCUGGCGCUGCCCUUCGUCGGCCAGGACGACGACGACCUCCCGCUCGUCGGCAAGCGCGCCAUGCAGGCCCUGGGGCUGGUGGGGCCCGCCGCCAACCUGGUGGCGCGCCAGGACCUCGCCGGCCAGGACGACACGGACUACAGCAGCCGCUACGACGAGUACCCGAUGAUCGUGCCCCGCAUGGCCCCGGAGAAGCGCUCCGCCAUCAUGCUGGACCGCCUGCUCGGCACGCUGGAGAAGGCCGUCAACGGGAACGCGCCGGCCCGCGACGGACUCAAGGCCGUGGCGCCGGACGACAGGAUGGACCUCCACCGGCGGGGCGGCAACGCCAAGGGCCGCGUGUACUGGCGGUGCUACUUCAACGCCGUGGCCUGCUACCGCCGCCGGAAGUGAGGAGGCGGCCUUCCAGGGCUCUAGGACUCCAGGACUCCAGGACUCCAGGACUCCAGGACUCCAGGACUCCAGGACUCCAGGAUUCUAGGGCUCUAGGACUCCCAGGAAUCCAGGACCCUAGGAUUCCAGGACUCCAGGCUGGUGGGGCUCUUCUCGUCGACGGGCAUGUCGCGUGCCGCGCGGCCGGCGGCGGCCUCCCUUCCGAGCCAAGCAGUCGUUUGGUCGCGCCCCCUCACUCUCGCACCCCUACGGCACGCCCCACGAGUGCGAGAGAGCUACCGGCGGCCCCACUGGCCCGGACUCGCUCGCGCGCACCGCUACUCAUUAACGCGCGGCCGGUCGCGCCGGACAAGUUUCGGGUCAGCGAAGACGGAGAGAGACGAAUACACGAUCCGCGACAGACGCCCGAAGACAGGAGGACAAGACGGAGACGGAAGACGGCCUCGCGGGAGGAAGUUUGCAGUGCUCCUGCUUCGGUUUCGUUUUCGUCGCUGUGAAAGUGUGCGUUCUAUUUUUGUAACUUCCAAGUGCUGCCGGCGAUCCCCAUCCCCGCCGUGUUCGUCACCAUUUGCUUUUUUCGACAAGUCUCUCUUCAUUACUGUGGUUCGACGUUUUGAAUUAUUUCUUCAACUUUCUUCAUAUGGUGGAGUUACAUUUGUAGCAUGGUUUCUACUAAGGACUUCGUGUUGUUUGCAAAUCCUGGCGGGAUUUUUAGGGCGCGUUUUGUGAUGAGUACUUUGUAAUCAUCUGAUAAGUUAUAUCCGCAAGUAUAUUGAGGAAGACUUUUAAAUCGAGUCUUUCCUGCUAGUUCCUAAUUCUUGAGAUGUAAGAAAUAUGGUCUCUGGGUAAUUCUUAUAUUCUAUAGUACAUUUAUGUGACUUCAGUAACUACACCCUUUGUCGUCGGACUGGAAUGUGGCAAGUGAUGUAAAUACACUUUGAGCUCGCCUAA